UUUGCUCGGGCCUUUGCUCGCGCCGAACCACAUGCGAGAACAUGGCGAGUGUUUUGUUGGGCGGCAGAAAACUUACCGAUUUACGAGUAGUAGAUCUCCGUCAGGAGCUCGAAAACAGAGGUUUAGAGAAGAGUGGAGUUAAGGCAGUUUUAAUAGAACGUUUGCAAAAGGCCUUGGAGCAAGAAGAAGAUGUCGAUGAGGAAACGGCAGAGUUCAUUCCCAUUGAUAGCAUAGAUGUUACCGGUGAUGAAGACGAAGACGUCACAGGAGACGAGGAACAGUUGCUCUUGAGUCCGUUCACAUCGCCCAAGAGAGAAAGUGGGUCGCAGAAACAGGCGAAAAAGACAUCUAUUACACCGAUUUUAAAGAAGAAAACUGCAGAGAAGGUCGAACAACCACCAGAGGAUGCGCAGGAGGAAAAAGGUGAUGUCCAGAAAGAGGAUGAUGAAACAGGAGUGGAAGAAAUCAAACAAGAGCCUGUUGAUACUGAUGAAUCCGACAGUAAUAAGCUUGAAGACAUCAUCGACACUUCACUGACAGUGAAAUCUGAAGUCACUGGCGAUGAUGACGAUGUUGAAGAGAAACAGGAUACCGAGAAGGAUGUCGAAGAGAGUGAUGCAGACUUGUUACAGAAUGAUGGCGAUAUUAAGUUAGAAGACUUGGAGGAGCCAAAUGGGGUGGAAGAUAAUAAAGAGGUUUGUUUAAUAAUGAAACAGACCAUAUUCAUAUCCUCAGUAUUAGACUGUUCAAACCUUCUCAGCUCAGUAGAAGAUGGGUUUGGAAAGAAGAGACGAACACAUUGGAAGCAGUCAGCAUCAGACACCAAAGCAGAAGAUACUCAAGAGUCGGCUGAGGCUGAAGAACCAAUGGAGACAUCGGUGGCAGAAAUAAGUGUAGAAGAUUCAAGUGAGCAGGCUAAAGAUGACACUGUCACAGCUAUGGACACGUCAGAGUUGGAGGCUUCCAAGGACAACAGCUUAUCAGUUUCACUGUUUGUACACACUGAUGAUGUUCAAGAUGAUUUAGAUGAUGAUCUGAAGGAAGCAGCUGCUGCUGAGGCUGCGGCUGCUGCAGAGGCUGCUGCAAAGAAUCAAGAAAAAGCAGAAGAGAAAUCUGACAAAGGUAAAACGCCAUCAAAGGAUAGCGAGUCACAUGCGUCAAAAGCUGAUUCCAAACCCACAGAGAAAGCAAAAGGAGAAGACAAGUCUAAAGAUGGAGGGGCUGCAAAAUCACAAACAUCUGGUUCUUCUCAGAGUGACAAGGAAACAAAGGGUAAAACAAGUGAUACAAAAAGUAAAGACUCCAAAACUACAGACAGCAAGACGACUAAAACACCAAGCAAGAGUACUUCAUCAGCAAAGGACAAGAAAGAAACUGGCAAAAGCCUGUGGGUCAGCAAUCUGUCCUCUGUGACAAGAGCGGCUGAUCUGAAAACACGAUUCAGUCAGUACGGAAAGGUUGUUGGUGCCAAGAUUGUUACAAAUUCCAAGGCGCCUGGAGCCCAGUGCUUUGGGCUUGUUACCAUGUCAACCAGUGAAGAGGCAGCCAAGUGUAUAUCACACCUCCACCGCACAGAAUUGCAUGGAAGGACCAUAACAGUGGAUAGGGCCAAAGGUGAUCGCCUACCAACAACUCAAUCUGGAUCUGGGAAGAAACAAACUGACAAGAAACAGGUUGACAAGAAGCAAGCUGACAAAAAGCCAGUCGAAAAAAAGCCAGCCGACAAAAAGCCUGCUGACAAGAAACCAGCCGACAAAAAACCAGCUGAAAAGAAACUAGCAGAUAAAAAACCAGAAACUCUUAACCUUGUCAGUUUGGUUGACAGUUUCUUUUUUUCCAUCUUGUUCUUUUCCAGUGACAAGGAAACAAAGGGUAAAACAAGUGAUACAAAAAGUAAAGACUCCAAAACUACAGACAGCAAGGCAACUAAAACACCAAGCAAGAGUACGUCAUCAGCAAAGGACAAGAAAGAAACUGGCAAAAGCUUGUGGGUCAGCAAUCUGUCCUCUGUGACAAGAGCUGCUGAUCUGAAAACACGAUUCAGUCAGUAUGGAAAGGUUGUUGGUGCCAAGAUUGUUACAAAUUCAAAGGCUCCUGGAGCCCAGUGCUUUGGGCUUGUUACCAUGUCAACCAGUGAAGAGGCGGCCAAGUGUAUAUCGCACCUCCACCGCACAGAAUUGCAUGGAAGGACCAUAACAGUGGAUAGGGCCAAAGGUGAUCGCCUACCAACAACUCAAUCUGGAUCUGGGAAGAAACAAACUGACAAGAAACAGGUUGACAAGAAGCAAGCUGACAAAAAGCCAGUCGAAAAAAAGCCAGCCGACAAAAAGCCUGCUGACAAGAAACCAGCCGACAAAAAACCAGCUGAAAAGAAACUAGCAGAUAAAAAACCAGCUGAUGCAUCAGAUAAAUCCAAAGCCAAAACUGACGACAAGAAGCAAACAGACAAGGGGAAGAAACCUGCUGAGAAAUCAACUGGUAAAUCAACAACAACUAAAACACCGGCUAAGUCAUCUUCUAAACCAACUCCAAAACAACAGAAAACAGGAAGUACUUCUUCAAGCGGCAAAAAAGACGAAGUUUCUAAACCAGUCGGGUCGAAUAAAUCUUCUGACAAGGACAAGGAGAAAGACAAAGAUAAAGACAAGGAUAAAGAGAAAGAGAAAGAGAAGGAAAAGGACAAGGACAAGGACAAGGACAAGGACAAGGACAAGGACAAGGACAAGGAAAAGGAAAAGGACAAGGAAAAAGACCAGGACAAAGAAAAAGAGAAGGCAGACAAAAGUAAAGACAAGGACGAUAAAAAACCUAGCAAGAGUCCAAUAAAGUCUCUUGAUGAGAUCCGCCGUGACCGCCAAGAACGACAGCGUCAGGAGAGAGCCAAAGAGAUCCGAGAACAACGUGAACGCGAGCGACAAGACAGACUCAAACGAGAGCGCGAAAGACUUGAACGCGAGAAAAUCGCUGAACGACAGCGUGAACGUGAACGCGAGAGGGAACGAGAAAGAAGAAGACUUCAGAUCUUGCGUGAGCGAGAGAUCCGCGAGAGACAAGAGCGAGAACGCUUGCGUCUUCAACGCGAAUUGGAACGACAGAGAGAAUUGGAACGCCAGCGAGAACGUGAACGCCGUGAGCGUGAGGAACGUGAGCGUCUGGAAAGAGAAAGGCGUGAACGACUGGAACGUGAAAGACUUGAGCGUGAACGAAUUGAACGUGAUCGCUUGCAACGCAUUGAGCGUGAACGCUUGGAACGUUUGGAACGUGAACGCAUUGAGCGUGAGCGUUUGGACCGUCAGCGAUUAGAACGUGAACGAUUAGAGCGUGAUCGUCGGAACUUGAAGCGCCCUGCUGCUUCCUUUGAACGCGGUGACACUCAGAAGCAAGUUGGAUACUGGCAAGAGCCCAAACGUGCUGCUGUGGGCGAGGGGAGACCGCGUGACUUCUUCAGUGGCGGUAUCAAUGAACGUGACGCCAGACGUGACCGUGCCGACGUCUCAUCUGAACGGCGUGACUCGAGAGGAAGUCAUCGCGAGGAAGGACGACAAGCGACUAGUGGUGGCCGUGAGCGUGACGUGCGUAGGACUGAGGAGUGGAGUCGAGCUGACGAGAGGCGCCUGAAAAAAGAUGAACGAGAACGGCGCAGUGAUGACGGCCAUCGUACGCGUGACAAGCCACACGACCACUCCAGAGGUGCACGUGAUCGGGAAUUACGUGACAACCGUAGCAAUCACGAGAGCAAAGCCUGGGCAGCAGCCGGAGCAGAUUUGUCUGGAAGCAAUGUUGGUGUCCUCGGAGCUGGAAUGGAUCCACAGAAAAGCUUGUCCAUCCUGUUGGAGCGUGCUGGUGUCAGGGGCAUCCUAGGUUCGGGUCCUGGAGCCCAAGGGCAUAACGUACGAGGUGAUUUGAACAAAUCCAUGGAGGAGCCUGGCUGGCGGGCUCCUGACCCACGUGAUAGCAGGCCACCCAUCCCACAAGCUGAACGCGGUGCAGGUUUUACCCACAACACGUCGACUCUCCCAGACCUCCGCUCAGCCCAUGUUGAUGCACGGUUCGGUUCGCUGUCCAUGGACGCCAGCCAUCGCGCCGUAGGCCUAACAGCAGGAGUGGAAUCCGGCAAGCCACCCACACGUGACUGGCGUGACACGCACGGUGGUAACUUAACGUCACGAGAUCGUGACGCGUUAGCUGCCAGAGAGAGAGAACGUCCCAGAGACCGAGGUGCGGAGACCAAACAGAGCGUGCCACGUCCGGGAGCCAUCUACGAUGCACGUGACACUCGCGCGCCAAUCAGCCGUGAUUCCAUCCCGCCCAGAGGCGCGUGGGGAAAUGGAAUGGAUUCCCGCCAAGCUGCCAACCCAGCGCUUGGUCUGUCAAACGCCGGACGCGCGGCUGUUGAUGACAGGUCACGGGCGGCUGUUCCCGCCCGUGACACCGCACCAGCACCGUGGAAUCAACCUGGCGGCUCUCUAGCUACGCCCGUCGGCCGAGCAGCGUACAACGGCAGUGCCGUACCUGGACCAGAAAGACGUCAUCCCGUCACAGCUGAUGUGCGAUACGAGCCUUACAAAGCAGCUCCCCGUGUCAUGAUGCGUCGAUAUUAAGACACUAGUGCCGGAGACACUGAUCUGCGUUGGUGAACAGUUCUUCUUCUGGAUAUCUAAUUUUGAGACAGAACAAUUUCGUAAGAUUUGCUAUGCAAGUUUUAGACUUCGAGUGACACUCGGGAACUUGAUUGCCAGGAUUUAAAUCAACAUUUUAGGGAUUUUUUUGUCGUUUGUUUGUUCGUUUUCUUUUUUAAGAAUUCUUAGCAGCGAGACCUGCACCUUGUAGAUUAGUCAUAGAUAACUCACCGUUUAAUCUUGAUCCAGUCGUCGCAUAUUUACCGAGUAAUCGUUUAGUGGGCAAGUUAGGAAGCAAGGGAAAACCAUUUGGCAAGUUGAGCUGAUUCCUUGUUGGGUGUGUAAUAAAAGUUUAAUGAUGUGUUGUCGAAAA